AUGCCUCCUCCAGCUUCCAUCCAGCCCAACCAGGCUGCUUGCGAAGAAUUCAUGACUGAACGUAAGCGAAUUGCCCUUCAGAUUACAAGCUGGGUCGAUCGGUUGAGCCAAAAGGAGACAGACUCAAUCAUCCAUGAUAUCAGGCAGCUAAUGUCGAUCUUGAAUGAGUGGAAUGACUUGCAUGGCCAUGAAAUCGGCGAUUGCUUUCAUCAAAAGGUCCAAAAGAUUAGGAGUUCAUUGCAGUUUGUAUUGCAUCAGGUUGAUAACUAUCUCGAGGGUAGCACCAAAGAUCUCGAGGUUGGUUCCUUUUUCUUCAUUUCCCAGGUAUUCAAUAUUGUCAAGUGGCAGAUUGGACGACUUACUCUGCGAGGUUAUGAUGAGAGCGAUACUUAUUCCAUCGCCACGGAAAAGAGACUGGUGGAAUCACAGUGGGGUGGUUUUAUUUUAGGUAGAAACCAAGGUCCGAUGCCUGUCGUGCAUCUGUCGAAAGAGAAUGACCCCGAUGGUGAUUUCGCCAGACUCUGGGUAUUUUGGGGCAAUAUUCAUAUUGAAUAUGUUGAUGGCUGUUCGUGCCUUCAGUGCCAGAGCACAAUUGGGCGGAUCGUGAUUCCAGUACUGACAAGAUGA